CUCAUCUCUCUCACUGUAUCUGUAUCUCUUUCUCAAGCUCUGAUCUUAUUCACAAGGUAAUCAACAUUACUGGUAAUCCUGUGCAUGAGCGAGUUUAGUAGAGUAUUCCCGCAUCGAUUACACCGUAUAAGUGGCAGAAAGCAAAAUCCAAACAAGGAGUAAUACAAAUUUUGAAAAGUUUAUUGAUUCGGACUAAAUGAGCAGCUCAGAAGAACACGACUUUUAUUCGGAUCCACUCCACACCCUACUACCAGAAGAAAUCCUCCGUUUAAUCCUCUCCAAAAUUUCCGACCCGAAAACCCUCCUCGUAUCUUCUCUCAUUUCCAAGCGGAUCGCAUCCAUUCUCUCCCAUUCCGAAUCCCUUUCUGUCCGAUUCCCGACCCGGAUUUCAUGCCCUGGCGAUCUCUUCCUUCGUCUGACUAAGCUGCUCCGAAUAUUCAACGGCGUUCGUUCUCUCCGCAUUGAGCUGCCUUGCUCCUGCUACCUCUCCUCCGACGAACACACAGAUGAUGUUUUUAAGUGGAACGCUAAGAUUUGUAUCGGAUUUGGGAUAUUCACCUUUUUCUGCUCGAAAUCGGUGAGUAAAAUCGACGAUGAAGUGGAAGCGGAAGAGGAGGAAGAGGAAAAAGUAGAUGUAGAUGAUUUUCAUAUACCUACAGAGAUAAUUGGGCCAGUGCUUUGUGCAACUAGCAUGCAUCACCUGAUCUUGCUUCUUAUUUGGCAGCAUCCGAAGCUUGACAGUUUGGAGUUGACAGAUUCAAAGAGACACGGGAAGCUUAGUCUCCGAGGGACAGAGCUUGUUAAUUUGAGGAGGCCUAUGCUGUUGGAUUCGCUGCCGCCGCAGAAGAAUGUUAAGUACUUCAUUGGGGGUCCCUUUGGGCAUCAGAAGGUAUGGUACGUGCCGAAGCUGCGACUACCUUUGUCGGGGUUUGUGAUGAAGGAGGUGAAUUUAGUGGCGUUUAUAGGGGAUGUAGUCGCCAACGGAAAUGGGGGUGCCGAUGCGGAGGACAAUGCUUCAUUAGAUGGUGGUUUUGAGGACGAUGUAGAUGGCAUUUUUGGUGAAGCUAUUAGUGAGAUUGUCACUAAACAUCGUUUCAGGGCGACUAACUUUUAGGAGUAAUUAUUCACAACUUUUGGAGCUUCAGCCGAACAAUGCACGAUGGACUAUGGUGAACUUCUCCACAGCUCGACUAUAGUUUUGACAUAUGGAUAUGGAUGCUUUUUUGUUGGGACGUCAAGAUCGUGGUAAACUUCUCCACUGCUCAUGUAGACUUUUUGGCAUAUGGAUGCUUCUUGGCUGGACGACGACUAUUGGUGUAUAAACCUUAUAUAUUAUGUUGCAAAGAUUUAGGUUAUUUGGAAUGUAUUUGUGUAAUACCGUGAUGGCUAUGCCACCAUGAUUAUGCAUGUAUAGUUGAAUAUUGUGUGAUUAUGGCAAAUGGUCGGGACAUCAAACGAUGAUUUUGGAUUUGAUAUCUAUGAUUGUUAAAGCUUUAAGACUUA